AUGCCCAAUUAUGGUCGAUCCGGGCGGUGUCUGACGUGUAAGCGACGGCGCGUCAAGUGCGACGAGGCACGGCCAGCAUGCUCGCAAUGCCGCGGGUUCGGAGUUGAUUGCGAAGGCUACUUCAAGGAGUACGCCUUCAGGGACGAGAGCCACAAGUUUACUCCCGCAGCGCCCCUAAAAGUCUCGAAGGUGCAGGGCGCGCCGGUCCAACGAUCAGGUGAAGUGGGAGAUCCCAGUCGGUCCCUGCUGACUGAGGCCGAUGUCGCCGUGCCCUUCUUCCUUGUGCACUACGUUGUCAUGGGCCGCAGCCUCGCCGUCACCCGCGGUUUCUACGAAGUCUUGAUGCCCAUUUCCAGCUCUCAACCUCAUGACUCGCCGCUAUCCCUGGCCGUAGCGGCUGUUGCGGCAAGGGUCUUCUGCCUGUGGCGCCACGGGGACGGAGUCCGAAUGAAAGCUCAUUUGGAGCCGUACACCAAGGCCGUCGCUUCUCUUCGCUCAGCUCUCAGUCGUCCAGAAGACCGCCGCAGACCAGCUAUAGCCCUUGCCGUCCUGGCACUACACCUCUACGAGAGCAUCAGCGCCGUCUACGAUGCGCGCUGUCCAACCCCUGUUCACCAUCAAGGUGCGUUGUCCCUGCUGCCCAUCAUGGCGUUGGACAGCCCGGACGGUGAUUUCAGCACCUACGUCAAGGGUUUCGUACUUCACUCAGAGAUCUCGUCGGCAUUGCGGCAGAACAGGUCGAUCCACCCCAGCGUGUACUCGUAUGUAAAUAGCGAGCAUACCUCAUUCCUGGUACCGGGUAACCUGAGCUCGACUCUGGACUCCAUAGGAGCGUCUGUCGCCGAGCUUCAGGCCGACUACGUGCGCAGAGUUUCACCUCACGAACGGCACGCAUCUGGCCCUUUACUGCGGCAUCAGUGUAGUGUAUGGAUCACAAAGGCGACACAGAUCGACGAGCUUCUGCGGGACUGGGCUCGAGAUGUGCCAGAUCAUUGGCGGCCGGUCAGACUCACGGGUGGAAAAGACUUUAGUAACUCGAUCGCAGCAUAUCAGUCCGCUUGCGACAUUUAUCCAUCUUGUCAGAUUGCGACUUUGUGGAACUUGUGGCGAUUCCACCGCCUCUUGCUCCUCAAGAUCACCAUCGUGGCAACUCAAAUCAUCUUCUCAGACUCGCCACGGGGCGGGCAUGCAGGAAACGAGCGGCUGGUGACCACGACCAUGAAAAGCGCCACACAGGUCAGCUCCAUCCAGGAACUGGUGGACAGCAUCUGCCACAGCGUGCCUUUCUACCUUGGCAACCGCACCAAGCCGUCAAGUCUGAGCGACUUCACAGACUUGCAGAUCCAGUUUCCUAGCUACCACCUAAUAGCACCGGAUGAUGCGAGAAUCACCGGAGGGCAAUUUCAGCAUCGUCACAGUCUCCCACUGUCAGUGGACGAACACCACCGCCACAUGGUCGCUUAUGGUGCAUGGCACAUCGUGAGCCCUCUGAGCAACUUGCUGACCCUGUUCUCGGAUGACCACGGUGGACAGCUGCUGGGAGGUCUUCUCCGAACGGGCCAGCAGGAUUGGAUCCGCGAACAGUUUUUGCGGGUCUGCACCUUGGUUCGCCUGCCCAUGGACCUGAAGUCUGCCGACGGCCCAGCAGCAGAGAGUCUAGCGAAGCAAGUGAGAAGAGGAGCCAUAUUCAUGAGUGGCCCUUAG